AUGUCAUCGUCGUCCACCUUUUCGUCACCAACACGUUCGCCUCAGUCUGAAGAGAACACAUGCAAAGCUGGAUAUAUGUCUUUGGUCGAAGUAAGAGCGAUGGGUCUGAUUAACCGUCGUCGCUACUGGUAUGUUGUCGAUAAUGUUUCACCUUAUUUUUACUGGUACAAAGACCACGACUCACUGAAAUGUGACGGACGUAUACCAUUAGCUUGUAUGGCAUUGACUUAUGAUCCUCGCGAAACUGGUCGAUUUCACAUACUAUCUGGUAAUGACAACUUCCUGCUGGAAUGUUCGUCUAAUCGUGUACGAGAUGAGUGGAUGCAAGUUCUGCAAGCGGCGCGCUUGCGAAGUGUUAGAGGGCUGAAGGAAGAUGGCGUGGUACACGGCAUCAUUUCCAUGUCAUCGGAGACCCCUCCACUGACAAGUGCCCCGUCGACUUCAGAGUCUGCUCAAAAUCUUAUCGAGGAAUUACUUGGACCAGUCAGUGAUGAUAACUCUUCAACUAUGAGCGCUGAAGAACGAGCUAGAGGAGAUAGCCAAUUGAAUGGUGUAGAAACGAAAAAGGCAAAAGAUGACGUUGAAACAACGUUUGAUGCACCAAGCUCUACAUUUUACUUGACCACAAACGGAGAACUGAAUGAGCACAGUAUGGCAAUGCCCAAGCCAGUAGUUUCGCCAGAAGCUGUCAUAGGCCGCAUACUGGAGAAGACCAAUGAACACACCUUGUUGCACCGAAGCGUGCGCUUGAAGGCGUGA